ACCUUUCUCGUUCAACUACUCGACGCACGUGUGAGUAAUGGCUAAAUCUCUACGCAGUAAAUGGAAAAGAAAAUGCAGAGCGAUCAAGAGAGAACGUUACGCAGUAAAAGAAUUAGCUAGAUUAAAGAAGACUCUUGGUAUUGAUGAUAAUGCAUCUAAGGAUAUUGAAAUGACAGAGAUUACUGAAAUUGCUACAGUUGUCGACGCUAAGAAGGUAAAAGAAGAUGUAAAGGCUAAACAAGUUAAGGAUGUAAAGUCUACGACUGUGACAGGUGAAGAACAAAUGGAAGUAGAAGGCGCUAGAAUAUAUAAUAAGAAAACAUUGCGGGAUCAGUAUGGCAAUUAUCCUGUAUGGAUGAACCACAGAAAGAUAGUCAAGCACAAAAAAGGUAGAGCAAAAACGAAGAAAACAGGCAAAACAGGCAAGAGGCUUACUAGACGACAGAAGAAAGUGAUUCAGAAAGAUAAAUAAAAUUUGUCAUGAGUAUAUUUUAAAUUAAUUUUU